AUGCCAUAUCCUCAACAACAAAGAAAACCAUCUUUAGAGGAUACACUACAACAGUUUAUGCAAACCACCCAACAAGCUUUACACACAAAUUCUCAAUCCCUGUUAAAACUUGAAACACAAAUGGGUCAGCUUGCUACUGCUGUAGCUGAAAGGGAAAAGGGAAAACUUCCCAGUCAACCCAUUCCAAAUCCAAAGAGUCAGUACGAGGUAAGUACAUCUAGACCUACUGAAGAAGCUAAAUCAAUUUCUAUCCUUAGGUCUAGAAAAAUUAUUGAAAAACCUGAUUACAUACCUCAAACUGAUGCUGAAAUAAACAAAGACUCAUUGAAAGAAAAUGAAAAGAGUCAGCCUGAAAGUUCACAUUCCAAAGACUCGGUUGAAGAAUCGAGUCAAACUUUACCGUUCAUUCCCACAAAGAUUGCUCCCGAUCAAAAGAGAAACACAAAUGUUCCGAAAAAGGCAUUUUUAACGGAACAAGUCAGCUCCAUAAUUCAAUAUAAAAGUCUUGUUAAACACAAAGAUCCGGGGUGUCCCACCAUUCCUUGUAUUAUUGGUGAUCAUGUGAUUAACAAAGCUUUACUUGAUUUAGGAGCUAGUGUGAAUUUAUUGCCUUAUUCUGUUUAUAAGCAACUUGGUCUAGGGGAACUGAAACCAACAUCUAUGACACUUCAGUUAGCUGAUCGUUCUGUGAAAAUUCCUAGAGGUGUCAUAGAAGAUGUUUUGAUUAAGGUAGAUAAAUUUUAUUUUCCUGUUGAUUUCAUUGUUCUUGAUACUCAUUUUGUUGAAGACAUAAGUGCUCAAAUUCCGAUCAUUUUGGGUAGACCAUUUUUAGCCACAUCAAAUGCAAUCAUCAACUGUCGUAAUGGUGUUCUUAAAUUAUCAUUUCGAAAUAUGACUGUUGAGUUGAAUGUUUUUAAUGUUGCUAAUAAAUCUGUUGAUUGCGAUGAUGUAUAUGAGGUAAAUUUUAUUGAUUCUGUCACACAAGAUUUCAUGCUAAACAAAGAUAAUUCUUUUGAAAAUUGUGUAAGUCAUUUUGGUAUGAAUUUUGAAAGUUCUUUUGAUAGUGUAAAUUCUUUGUUAGAGUCUACACCAUUGAUAAACACAGAAGAGUGGAACACCAAAGUUGAGUCAAUUGAACCCUUUCGCCAAUUAGAAUCACAGUCACUCCCUGAACCACCAAAGUUAGAUCUAAAGGUUUAA